UCCUAUCUAUCGUCCUGCUACCUGGAACCCUAAUUGGCGUGAGGGAGACCGGGAAGGGAGGAGGCGGCGGCGGUGGCUAGAAGGAGCCCAGAAAGGAUAGUAUGGAGUGGUAUUUUUCUUAGUGUUAUUGCGUGAGACCAGUCUAGGGUUUGGCCAAAGUUGCAUUAAUCUGGAAACCCUAGGAGGUUUCUUUAAGCCCUAGCAGUCCACAUGGCUCGCCAGGACAACCCGUUUGCUCUUCUUGGUGAUGAUGACGACGGAGCCGACGUUUCAGUUCUCCUCGCUAAGGUCGAGGCCAAGAUGCCGGCUCUAACGCCCCCGGCGACAGAGCAGACAAAGCAGAAGACUGGACCCAAUGGUCUUUCAUCUAAGCUUUCCGCUCCCGGAGAGUUUGUGAGGGGAGAGAGAGGCCGGGGGAGGGGUGGUCGUGGCCGGGGUCUAGGAAGGGGUGGAUUUGGUAAUGUUGGUGGUGGCGAUGCCAUUGAACAGCCAGAGCAUUUGUAUGAUAGAGGUUAUAGUGGUGAAUCUGGUGGUGAGCGGAGUCGUGGGCGGGGUGGUAGAGGUGGAAUGGGCCGUGGAAGGGGAAGAGGCUUUACUGGGAUUGGUAACAGGAACCAGGUGGACUAUGGGAAUCCGGAAGAUGGUAGAGAAGAAGGAGGUGAGUUCCAGGAAAAGGGCUAUGGCGAGAGUCGGCCGUCCAGGUAUGAUAGUAGAAAGUUUGGGGAGGAGAAUCAGGGACCAGAUGGCGAGGAGAGGGAGAACCGUGGGUUUAGGGGAUAUGGUGCUGAUCGCGAGAACCGUGGGUUGAGGGGACAGGGAUCUGAUCUGGAGAGACGGGAGUUUAGGGAUGGUGAGGGCUACGAGAGGAAGCGAGAGUUUAGGGACGGUGAGGGAUACGACAGGAGUUAUGGUGGUGAUGGGGAGAACCGUGGAUUCAGAGGUGGUGAGGGCCGUGGAAGAGGAUAUGGUGGAAGUGGCCGGAGGGGUGGACGUGAUGGUGGACGAGGUGGAGGUCGAUAUGAGUCUAAUGGUGGAUGGAAUGCAUCUGAAACUAAUAAAGCUUCUGCUGAUGAAAAGGAGCCGACUGUAAACAAUUCAAACAAUGAUGAUGGUGGCUCUGGACGGUAUGUUUCCUAA